AUGGCAGCGGUGAUGGGAGCAAAAUUAGCCGAAACCGUCAAAGCAAAUCACAGUUUUUGCAUCAACCGUGUUCAAUUUUGGACGGAUUCAAGUACGGUGUAUUCCUGGAUUGUAUCGGAUCACCGGAAGUACAAAGUGUUCGUGGCUUACCGGAUUGGCGAAAUUCUGAGUAAGACAAACCCAGCGAAUUGGCGUUGGAUUUGCACGAAGCUGAAUAUAGCGGAUGAUUUGACUAAAUGGAAGAACGGAAACAAAAUUGAAUCACAUAGCCCCUGGUUCACCGGCCCUAAGUAUCUAUAUGAAGCAGAGAAUAUGUGGCCAUAUCCGGAACCACCCAGAUCAAACGUGACUGAAGAGCUACGGGUCAGCGCGUUGUUCCACAGUGUAGAGAUCGCGGACCCUCUAAUCGAUUGUAGUCGUAUUUCGAAGUGGAACAUUAUAGUCCGCACGGUGGCAAACGUUGUACGGUUCGUGUCAAACAUUCGGCGUAAACAGCAGGGCUUACCGAUCGAAUCGUUACCAGUUGAUCGUAGGAUAGCACGGUUAGGUAGAGGUUCCGUAGCAGCAGUAAAACGUCCCUUGUCGACAGAGGAAUACCAAGAGGCUGAGCGCCUUCUGUGGAAAAUGGCGCAGGUAGAAUCAUUUCCAGAUGAAGUGAAAACGUUAGUGAAAUGCAGAGAAGGGAAAAGAAUAUCCAUUGAUCGUUCUAGCAAUAUUUUCAAGCUUUCGCCUGUGCUGGACGAACACAAUGUGAUGCGGAUGGAUGGUAGAGUACAAGAGGGAGAAUUCAUUCCAUUUGAGUUACAGUUCCCAGUGAUUCUUCCGAAAGGGCACCCAGUUACUGUCAGGCUUAUAGAAUACUAUCAUAAUCUAUUUGGUCAUGGAAACCGAGAAACCGUAGUGAACGAGUUGAGACAACGUUUCUACAUCCCAAGGGUCCGAAGAGAGCUAGAGAAAAUCGGAAAAAACUGUAUGCAGUGCAGAGUAAGAAAAUGUAAACCGGUGGUUCCGAGGAUGGCUCCGCUUCCAAAUCAACGAACUACUCCUUACGUUAGGCCAUUCAGUUAUGUGGGAGUAGACUUCUUCGGUCCGAUCAAUGUGGUGGUUGGACGUCACACGGAAAAGCGUUGGUGUGCUCUCUUUACUUGCUUUGGAACGAGAGCUAUCCACCUUGAAGUCGUACAUAGUUUAUCGUCGCAAGCGUGCCUGAUGGCCAUUCGUCGUUUUGUUUGCAGACGAGGAGUUCCCGUUGAGUUUUUCUCUGAUAAUGGGACGAACUUUGUGGGCGCCAGUAAGGAGAUUAUGAAGGAGAUCAAAUCUGAUUGUUCCGAAGAGCUGACGAGUUCUAGGACCCGAUGGAACUUCAAUCCGCCAUCAGCACCCCACUUUGGCGGAGUUUGGGAGAGGCUCGUUUCGUUCGGUGAAAGAGACGAUGGAUAUCCAGAAAAUUCGGGAGCUAUUACUCCAAACCAUUUCUUGAGGGGACAACCAUCAAGUGGAACAGAGUGUCGCAGGCUGUCGACCAAUGAUGCGGAGGCUCUAAAAAACAGCUACAAGAGGUCGCAGCUAUUGGCUGACCGUAUAUGGAAGCGAUGGUUGACCGAGUAUCUUCCGUUCAUCAACCGACGUGUCAAGUGGCACACUGAGCAGAAGCCAUUAGAAGUAGGCGAAGUUGUGUUUGUGGCAGACGAGGACAACCGGAAGUGUUGGGUUAGAGCAAUUGUGGAAGAAGUUAUUCUUGGAGUUGACGGACGUAUUAGGCAAGCAGUGGUACGUACAGCCAAGGGAACGUAUAAGCGUCCGGUAGCCAAGCUGGCGGUGCCGGAGAUUCGUAUUGGUAAAUCUGGCAAGGAUCCUUCACCAGUGUUACGGGGAGGGGCUGUUGCGGCACCGGUGACGUCAUAG